CGCUACGUCGACCUAAUGCGCAAGCGUAAAUCCAUAACGGGGCAUGCGCGCGCCGCUUCUUCCGCUUCCGGUUGUUACAGAGUUGGAUUUGUGGAUACCAGCAAGUGAAUUCUCUUGCUUUUCUUGCAUUGCUUUGUGAGAAUGUCGUCUGAUAAGAAGCCCCCUGUUGAUUUGGGUCUUUUGGAAGAAGACGACGAGUUCGAAGAGUUUCCCACCGAAGACUGGACGGGUUUUGAUGAAGAUGAAGAUACACAUGUCUGGGAAGAUAACUGGGAUGAUGACAAUGUAGAAGAUGAUUUUUCAAAUCAGUUAAGGGCUGAAUUAGAGAAACACGGAUACAAGAUGGAGACAUCAUAGCUUCAAACACUGGGAAGAUCAAAUAAUCCUUUUGUUUAUUGAAAUAUUCCUUCAUAGUCCUUCAUAAGUAUAUUUGUGUUUCUUCUUUGGUUUUAAUAAAUAUCUUGCCCCGUU